AUGCCUAGGUUGAAUGCUACGAAGGCAUUCCGCCUGAAAACGUUAAUCAGUAGAUCAGAAUUUGUCAGCGGAAACGGAGGGGACAUUCUAGAGGAAUUUGAGAGUUUCAAUAGCUUUUGUGCUGAAUUCCCCGAACACCUCGUGGCUCGUUUAAAAUCUCACGAGGAUAUAGAAGACGUUGAGCUUGAUGUGCUCGCGAUAAAUCAAUUAUCCUCAAGUGAAGAAGCACUGGCCCAUCCUGGGCGAGACGAUGCCGUAUCACUGGAGAAAAAGCGCCUCAUUCGACAUCUAGGCCUCGAAACCACACUAAGUCGACACCCAUCUCGUGUGGCACAUACCGUUCCGUCAUUAUUUUUCAUCGAGUCUCUCGCGCAUUCUACGCGCAACAAGCGGUGCAAAAUGCCGACUUCCGAAUUGUUCCGAGGCGUGAACGUUGGAGGAAUUUUGGACGGUAACUAUCUCGUGCCUGGCGGAGUAAAACGACUUGUGCUAGAGUGGAAAGUCACCCAUGGGAAGUGGGCUGAGAAGCGCGACGGCUUGUAUGACGAGAGCAAAGAGAAACUUCCCGCAGAUUUUGAGUCUCUGCUACGCCAAGCCGGAUCCGCUGCUUAUCAGGCCAAAAUUCCUGAUGGCAUGGAUCGAUAUGAGUAUUACGACCUUAUUACUACUCUGGCCCCGAAUGAGAGCGAAGGUCCAGAUGACAAGUCGGAGUGGAAGUUAUUCAAUGGAUACCUCGACUCCGAUGCACAAGUGUUGGAUAACCCAUAUGACUUAAGCCGCAUGCUCUAA